GAUGCAUGGGGGAGGACUGGUUGGGGCAGUUGGCUAGACUUUGCUUAGUCAUCAUGGCUGGGGUCUCUCCUUUCUACAUUUUAUUGGGACAUUUUCUCCUACACUAGCAAUGAAGAGUCUGGAAUCCAGAAGAAAGUGUACUUGGAACGUCAGUGUCAAGGUCUCUCCCAAGGACACUGAGAUGAAAACAGCAGAAGAGCCAACCUCGAGUCUUGGGCAGAUCUUGGAGUGGCUGAGAAAAGAGCUGGCUGAGAUGCAGGUCCAAGACCAGAGACUCCUGCUCACGCUGAGGCAUCUUCACAGCAUCCUGGAGGAGCUGCGUGCAGAGAGCGCCCACUGGGAGGAUGCCAGGUCCAGUGGAGGGACCUCCCCCAUCAGAGCUCGAGCAGACUCUGAAGGCAGAGGCCGCCAGCCCUUCUCCUCCAGGGGCCUGGCCCAUCUCCUCCAAGGGGUAGACAGCAGACGAAGCUCCCUCCCUUAAUGGGCCAGAGACGUCCUUGGCCUUGAACCCUCCCUGCACUGAUCUACACUUUGAUUGUGAUGUUGUUGGGAAAAAGCACUGGAAUGGGAGUCAGAGAGUCUGGGCUCUGGAUUCACCCCUGUCCUCCUCCACCGUAUGUCCCUGGACUUGUCACUCAGCUUCUCUGUGUCCCUCUUUCCUCUCCUAUCACUUAGGGUUUUUGCACAAAUAAGGUAUCAGCUAUGAACACACAAACACGGUACAUGGCUCCUGGCAAGCCCCCUAGAGGUAAUCCUAUUCUUGGGGAUUUCUCACAAAGUGAUUGUUGAAACAAAGAAAGAGCUCGAAGUGCCAAGAUGUUUAUCUAGUGUUGCCAUGGUGAAAAACAGCACUCUGUAUAGCGACUUGAUGGUUGUUUUCUGUCUUCUCAGCAGGACUUCUUAUACCCCUUUAUCUGAAAGCAACAGGCCCUGCAGCCACUCUAGCCCAGGAGAUGGGCAUGUGACCAGGCCUAGCCAAUUACAAUUCAUGGUCAUUCUAACAACACGAUUGGCCCAGUGGGAGGGCAUGUGACUCAAGAGAGCCAAUCAGAGCCCUUCUCUGGGAUUGCUCUUUGGGUGCUUGUUCCACUGCACUUGUUCAAAGGUGGAGCUCCAGUGGCCAUGUUCCAUGUCUGCAGAGAAAGACUUGCCUGCAGUAGGAAAGAAAGAGGCUAGUCUUCAAAGAAAAGCAGAGAGAGGGCCACACAAGGAUGGGCAGAGAGGAAGGGUGCUGGGUUUUUUCAGUCCCUGGUUUCUGUGAGUUACUCCUGCUGUCUUUCCAGCAGAAGCCAGUAAAUUCCACCAUCACCACCCAUAAACACACACAUGAGUUUGUUUUUGCUUAAGCUAAUUUCUCUCAAUUGCAACCAAAAUGUCCUGAGGAAUACAAUCCAAUGGUCAAAGAAGCAAAGAAGAGAAAUCUAAAAAAAAAAAAAAAAAGGCAUUUCACUCAUUCAGAGGUGGCAAUAAAAACCCUGUUUGGCAGGCAGGCAACAAGGUGUGUGAUGUGGCAGAGCUCUCCAUUGUGCUGUAGUCACAACUUUGAAAGAUUAUAUCCGCCUAGAAGGACUUGAAAAUGGAACAAGUUAAAAUAAAGUCCAGGUGUUAAGAUGGUCCGAUUACAUCAGGUCUUUUCAGUUUUGAAAAUCAUCUUGCAUGUUGUUAGGAUAUUGUUUUUAAUGGCUUUGAAAAAGUAAACCCAUUGCAUACAGAGGCAAAGGGGGUGUUUGCAUUAUAUGUACAAUGUUUAUAGUCAGACUAACCUGGGAUUUCUAUGUAAUAUUUGAUAAUAUAAAAAGACUUCUCUAUCAACGGCUGAAUGGAUAGAAAAAAAUGUGAUAUAUAUACAUACAAUGGAAUAUCAUUCAACCUCAACCUUUUUUAAAAAGAAAGGAAAGUCUGGCACUUGCCACUGCAUGGAUGGAUUUUAAAGACAUAAUACUGAGUAAUAAAAGGACAAAUACUACCUGAUUCCACUCAUACAAGGUGCCUAGAGUAGAAAAAUGUAUAGAGACAGAAUUUGAAUGGUUGUCAGGAGCUGAGGAGCAAGGAGCAGCGAGUCCUUUAAUGGGUGCAGAGUUUCACUGCUACGAGAUGGCAAAAGUUCUAAGGAUAGGUGGUGGUGAUGGUGGCGUAACAUGAAUAUAUUUGAUGCCACUACACAUUUAAAAAUGGUUCAGAUGGUACCAUUUAUCUUAUAUUUUACCACAGUUAAAAAUAAAUACAUUAAAUUUAAAAAUUA